AUGGAGGGAGAGAUGCAUCCCGCAGACGAAGGGCCCUGCGCCCCCAAGAUGUGCAGACAGCAGCGGGGUCCGUACAGCACCCUGAAAACCUUCCAGAGCAGACGCUGGGCGGGCAAGACGCGCUUUGACAGGUCCGGUGUGGUCGAGGUGCCUCUGUUUGGCGACGGGCAUCACUUCACUUUCCAUCCCGAGCAGACGCACCAUUUCCAGCCCCUCCAUCACCACCAGAACCAGCAGCAGCGUCUGCAGCAGCUCCAGCACGGCAGCAUCGCUAUCAGCAGCAGCCAGCAGCAUCACCAGACUCCCCCACAGCAGCAGCAGCAGCAGCAGCAGCAGCAUCGUCUCCCGUGUGAGAGCAGGCCCAGCAGCAGGGUCCCGACAUCCACCUCAGCGCCGGCAGGAAGCGUAGCGGCCGUAGCAUCCCCGGGUACCCAGGAGGGGCGCUCCAACGGCGGCAGAGGAGAGCACAGGUUCUCCCCUGACUGCACCUACGGGAUCAGCUCAGAGAACCGUCUCAUCCUUGAUGCCUUCGCCCAGCAGUGCAGCCGAGUCCUCAGCCUCCUCAACAACGGCCGUCUCCUGGAGCCCUCCUCCUCUUCCUCCUUUAACUCUAGCAUAAAGCUUGAAGACUGUCCAGUGGAGGUACAAGGGCUUCCUUACUCUAAACCUGAAGAGAGCUCUUCCACCACAGAUCCCGAGGAUGACGCCCAUCAAAGCCAUUUGAACCAACAACAGACCUCCGCAGUUCUCCGAAUCUUUACGGACUCUCUGCAGAACUAUCUGCUCUCAGGACAGCAGCAGAACCAGCAGCAGCACGUGUCUGUGAAUCUGGAGGACGAGCAGUGUCCGUCAGCAGAGCCCGGGUCCGGAGUAUCUCCUUCCAGACACAACCUCGGGGGCUGGGGGUCUCCGACGCCAUCGGAGUCGUACGGCCACCCUUCAUCCACGCUGCCUGAGGAGGAGGAAGAGGAGGAGAGCUGCUGUCCUCGCUGCUUGGAGCUGGAGCAGGAGGUGCUGUCGCUGCAGCAGGAGAACGAGGAGCUCCGCAACAAGCUGGAGAAUUUCCCAGUUCCCUGUCAAAAUGUUCUGGACUAUUUCAAGACUGUUCUUGAGUUUCACAACCAGCUGGUCCAGCCGAUGCCAGAGGAGCAGCUCACUGAGGAAGAAGAGCGGCAGACAGUCUUUGAGGGGAGCAAACAGCUCCUGGAGAACUAUCCCCUCUUUAUCACCAACAAGCAGUGGGAUGAAGCUGUGAACUCCUCUAAGAAAGACGGCAGACGGCUGCUGCGCUACCUGAUUCGUUACGUCUUCACUACAGAUGAGCUGAAGUUCUCCUGCGGUUUGGGAAAGAGGAAGCGUUCGGUCCACUCAGGAGAUACAGGCCUGGAGAGACGACCGCUCAACCCCGUCAAAGUCAGCUGCCUCAGAGAGUUCAUCCGGAUGCACUGUGCCUCAAACCCAGACUGGUGGAUGCCGUCAGAAGAGCAGAUCAACAAAGUGUUCAGCGACGCCGUGGGCCACGCUCGCCAGGGCCGGGCGGUGGGCACGUUCCUGAGCAGCAGCGGCAGCAGCACCAGCAGCCUCUACAUGGAUGCCUUUGACGGACAUCUGUCACAGGACGAGCUGUUUUUAAAAGGCUGCCAGAACGGCCAGUCGGACUGA